AUGGGUAAAGAUCAUUUCUCCAAGCAACACACCAGAGUUAGCAACCGUCAGGCUCCAAAGUCUGAAAACGUCUACUUGAAGUCUUUGGUCAAGCUGUACACCUUCUUGGCUCGUCGUACCGAUGCUCCAUUCAACAAGGUGAUCCUGAGAUCUCUGUUCCUCUCCAAGAUCAAUAGACCUCCAGUCUCCAUUGCCAGAAUCUCCAAGGCUCUCAAGCAAAAGGGUGCUGCUGAGAAGACCAUCGUCGUUGUUGGUACCGUUACCGACGACAACAGACUUUUGUCUUUCCCAAAGACCACUGUUGCUGCUUUGAGAUUCACCGCCGGUGCCAAGGCUACCAUCGUCAAGAACGGUGGUGAGGCCAUCACUCUUGACCAAUUGGCUCUUAGAGCUCCAAAGGGUCAAAACACUUUGAUCGUCAGAGGUCCAAGAAACUCCAGAGAGGCUGUCAGACACUUCGGCUUCGGCCCACACAAGGGUAAGGCCCCAAGAAUCCUGUCCAAGGGCAGAAAGUUCGAGAGAGCCAGAGGUAGAAGAAACUCCAGAGCCUUCAAGGUCUAA